AUACAAUACAAUUUUUAUAUUUUAAAUUAUAAAUAAUAAUAACAAUUUUACAAACUUUAUCUUUUUUUUUAUUUCCAAUAGCUCUAUAAUAAUAUAAAGCAUAUAAAUUUCAAACUUUAAACUUUUUUAAUAGCAAUAAUAAUUUUUUAUAUAAUGAGAUUAUCAUUAUUUUUAGUAGUUUCUUUAUUGGUUUUAUCGGUAAGUGUAUGUAGCGCCAAUGUAUUCUCAUCCCAGACCUACCAAACCUCAUUUAUUGGUUGGAUGAGAAAGCAUGAUAGAGCCUACUCACAUGAAGAGUUCACCGAUAGAUACCAAGCAUUCAAGGAAAAUAUGGAUUUUAUUCAUAAGUGGAAUUCACAAGAAUCCGAUACCGUUCUUGGUUUAACAAAGUUUGCCGAUUUAACCAACGAAGAGUAUAAAAAACACUAUCUUGGAAUCAAGGUUAAUGUAAAGAAAAAUCUCAAUGCCGCACAAAAAGGUUUAAAAUUUUUCAAAUUCACUGGUCCAGACUCUAUUGAUUGGAGAGAAAAAGGUGCUGUCUCACAAGUCAAGGAUCAAGGUCAAUGUGGCUCAUGCUGGUCAUUCUCUACUACAGGUGCUGUUGAAGGUGCUCAUCAAAUUAAAAGUGGUAACAUGGUUUCUUUAUCUGAACAAAAUCUUGUUGAUUGCUCUGGUCAAUAUGGUAAUCAAGGUUGUGAAGGUGGUUUAAUGGUUAAUGCUUUUGAAUAUAUUAUUGAUAAUGGCGGUAUUGCUACCGAAUCAUCAUACCCAUAUACUGCUGCCCAAGGAAGAUGUAAAUUUACUAAAUCAAUGAAUGGUGCUAAUAUCAUUGGUUAUAAAGAAAUUCCACAAGGCGAAGAAGAUUCACUCACUGCUGCUUUAGCUAAACAACCAGUUUCUGUUGCUAUUGAUGCUUCCCAUAUGUCAUUCCAAUUAUAUUCAUCCGGUGUUUAUGAUGAACCAGCAUGUUCCUCUGAAGCCCUUGAUCAUGGUGUCUUAGCUGUCGGUUACGGUACUCUCGAAGGAAAAGAUUACUAUAUUAUUAAAAACUCUUGGGGUCCAACUUGGGGUCAAGAUGGUUACAUUUUCAUGAGCAGAAAUGCUCAAAAUCAAUGUGGUGUUGCUACUAUGGCCAGUUAUCCAAUUUCUGCCUAAUCCAAUACAAGUUGUUAUUAUCCGCUAUAUACAUUUAAUAAAAUGGGCCAUAAUUAAUUUUUGCCUAUUUUAUUAUUAUUUGUUUUUUUAAAAUUUCAAAAAAAAAAAAAUAUUAAUAAACAAAAACAAAGAAUUUAUAAUUUAAAAUU